AUGAAGAGAAGACGCAUUUUCAGGUUUGAGGAUGUUUGGUCUAGAGAUGAUAGAUGUGAGGAGUUGGUGAGGAAAAAUUUGGAAGGUCCUACCGAUCACGGAUAUAAUAAGGUAAUUUCCAUUUGUACGCUGGGAGAUGUUUUCAAAGAGUAUAUGACAGGGGUGGUGAAGGCAGAAAUCAAGCGGGUUGAGGAGCUUCUGAAAGGGGAAAACAUAUGGUCUUCAAGAGGAGAGAACAUAAAGACCUACAAAGGUAUUGAAUGUCAAAGGAACAAUCUUUUGAAACAUAAAGAUGUAAUUUGGAGAGAAAAGAGUAGGAAGGUGUUGUUAAAGGACGGGGAUCGAAACACAAAAUUCUUUCAUGGUAAAUCUGAGCAAAGGAGGAAAACUAACCCCAUAAAGAAACUCAAAGAUGAAGAUGGUCAGUGGUGGAAAGGUAAAAUAAAAUUUGAAAGGUUACUCCCUAAUUACUUUUCAGAUAUUUACUAA